UGUUAAAUUGAGUGGUUUAAUUCCCAAAAUGUGGGACAUAAAAAAAUAUUAUAUAUUAAGUCUGUUUUAUUCUUACUCAAUGACAAAAAUUGUCCUUGUUAUUCUUUACUAAAUCGGCAAUAUACAUUGAGUGUUAUAUCUACAUCGUAUAUUGUAUAUGGUUAUACUUCUAAUUGUUAUUAUUUGGUAAUUGGUAAUAUUUCUUUGAGUUUUCUAACUCUGUAUAUGUUGUAUCAAAUAAUAGUUUUAUUUAUGUAAACGAUAAUUGUUUUCUCGUGAAAAUGAGUCUCGUUGCAUAUGAAAGUAGCGAUGAAAGUUCAGAUGAUGAAGGAAAUGAUUGUGAUAAAAUUAAAAAUAAAUUUACACCAGAAGUGACAGAUCUACAAAUAAGUGACAAAUUACUUAUUUCAAAACAUGAUACAUCCGUAAAUAAUGAAAAUGAUACUAACAUAGAACUAGUUAAGACAAACGGAUCAUCAGAAAAAUUACAUUUUGAUAAAUUACCUAAACCCAAAAGUUUGAUUAGUGAAACAAAGGAUAUUGUAGAAGAAGAUGAUAUUCCUCCCAAAAAGGAAACUGAGUUUAAAUCUGAGAAACCAGUAAAAAAAGACAGAAUCCCAGUUAAAAUAACAGUGCCUUCUUUAUCUGAAUUUAAAGAUGUUUCAAAGGAAAAUGAGUUUAAAUUCAAUAAAUUUAAGUCGGCAAAUAAGGGUACUAAACUUUUAAUAUUGUUGCCACCACCUAAAGGAACCGAGGUCAAAAAUACCAAUAAUUUGGUACCUAGUGUUGUUAAUAAAGCAAUUAAACAAUCUAAUCAAAUUAUAGUUGAACCUAAUAAAGAUACACAUAUAAAAGAUUCAAAUACGAGAAAAUCCACGAAACCUAUAACAACAAAAAGUUCCAUAAGUGUAACUUGUGAUUCAAAUUCUGAAGAUGAAGAUGACACAACUAUAGGCAGUGAUAGUAAUUCUAUUGUGGAUUUCUUUGCUUUAACAACAACCGAUGCUUCCACUUUGUCAGAUUCCUUGAAUGUUACAGAUUUAAAUAACUUUGAUUCAGAAUUUAAGAAAAAUUCCCCCAAAAAUAAUACCUUAUCUAAUUACUUUAUUGACAAUUCAGAUAUAACUGAAACAGAGAUCAGUACUAAACUUUUAGUAUCCAAUAAAUCUCAGACAACAUUGGUGAGUAAUGUCAUAAAUUUACCAAAAGAGGAAAUAUUAUUGAAAAAUAAAGCAGAAGUAGGCCCAAAGUUACCAGUGCCUGAACAGGAAUAUAAUGUAGAUUCAGAAGGUAAUGUAGCUUUUGAUGAUAAGGCUAUUGAAUAUCUUUGUGGAAAGAGAGGAGUGAAGCGAAAACCUAAAGAAAUUGAAGAAAUGAAUAUCAUAGAAAUAAAUGGAGAAGAUAUUAAACCAGAUGAAAGAGAAUGGUUAGUGAAAGCAUUAACAGAAGAACCUGUACAGAGACCAAUAUCAAUGCAAGGUGGUGGAGUAAGUUCGCAAUCUAAAAAGAAACACCAAAUAACAUACUUAGCACAUCAAGCUAAGGCAAUGGAAAUGGAAUUGAAGAAUCAAUGGGCACAAAAUAGAUUAACCAGAAAACAAACACAAUCGAAAUAUGGUUUUUAAAUAAAGACUUGUACAAAAGUGUA